CCAUGAACUCCACUUCCAUAAAUGGUACAGUCAAUUCGACGACUGUUCCAACAGAAGCAUCUACAGCUGAACCAGAACCUAGUGUAUCUUUCUCAGGAUUUGGCUAUGACAUUAUUGGCUUUAUACAGUUUUCACUUGCCUUUUGUAGCUUCUUUGGAAAUGGUAUGGCCGUUCUGAUAUUCUUAAAGCAUAAGCAGCUACGGUCUCCGACCAACACUUUCAUCAUGAACUUAAUCUUCUGUGAUAUGUUGAUGGGGAUGGUGGCCUUUAUAUCAGCAUCUGCUGCCUUCAACCAUGGAUGGGUAUUCGGGCACAAUGUGUGUGUUUUUGAAGGAUUUAUGGUGUAUUUCCUUGGCCUGGCAUCAAUGUACCUCUUGGCAUCUAUUGCACUUGACAGAUAUGUUGUAAUAUCCAAACCACUGUCAGCCUCCAAGAUUACCCAGAACGUAGCCCUACUAUGUACUGGUGUCUGUUGGGUGCUUGGCUUCCUGUGGGCACUAUUUCCCAUUUUGGGAUGGAAUGAAUAUACCGUUGAGGGUAUUGGGAUCUCAUGUAGUGUGAUCUGGCAGAGUGACGACCCAUUCUACUCCAGCUACAUCAUCACCAUCUUCUUUUCGUGCCUUGUAAUUCCCGUCUGUUUGAUGUCCUUCUCCUACUACCACGUAUACAUGGCUGUGCGAAACGUCUCGAGGAACAGUGUGUGGGACACCAAGAGCCGAGUCGCCAGGAAAAAACUGAAAGUAGAGAAGAAGAUGUUGAAGACGUGUGUAGCGAUGGUUUCUAUAUUUCUCCUGUCCUGGCUGCCCUACACCGUUGUGUCCUUCAUCUCAGCCUUCGGCGACCCUACCCUGAUCUCCCCGCUGAUGGCGACAAUACCCGCCCUGGUGGCCAAGUCGGCUGGCCUGUGGAACCCUCUGAUAUACGUGGCAACCAACAAGCAAUUCCGCUAUGGCUUCUACGCCAUCAUUCCAUGCAAAGGGAUCAAAGACUCGCUGGUGAAGAAGGAAGAAAAACAGCCAGAGUCCUCGGAGGAAUCGGAUCUGGAUGAAGAAGACGACAAGAAGAAUACUAAAAAGGAAAAGAAAGACGAGAAGCCAGGGACAUCCGGGCGACCUAAAGGCAACGCUGUUGCUCCGGCACCUGAGGAGGACUCCGGCAAUGAGCCUACGGUAAUAGAGGAUGUUUCACACAUGGAUGAGGCGGACGUUGAACUCAAGGACAUCAAGAAGAAAUAG